CAGCUAAAAGCCAAUGACAUUCCAGCAAAAAUCCAAACAAAAGUAUUCAAAAAAUUAAAUUAAAAAAAUUCCACUCCUCACAAUUGUCUUCCCCUUCUUCUUCUUUCUUCUCUUCCUGUCGCGAAGAUCGAAAAAUCAUCAUCUCAAACCUUCUCCGAUUAUUCUUUGGAUUGAUGAGUUAAGGGUUAAAAGCUGAGUAACCCCCCAUACACAGCAUUUCAAGUCGUUAGUGAAUUAAAAAAGAGAAGAAAUGGCUUGUAGAGGUUGUUUGGAAUGUUUGCUUAAGUUACUCAACUUCCUUCUUGCUGUUGCUGGACUAGGCAUGAUUGGUUAUGGUAUCUACUUAUUUGUUGAGUACCAGAGAGCAACUGGUGAUCACUCUGUUUCAUUCAUUCCCGACCAAAGUUACGUCUCUUCUGGGAGGCCCAUGCUUAUGUCUCUCGCACUCUCUUCCAAUUUCUUUGACAAUCUCCCCAAAGCUUGGUUCAUCUACUUGUUCAUCGGUAUCGGCGUGGCUCUCUUUGUUAUUUCAUGCUGUGGCUGUGUUGGUACUUGUUCAAGGAGCAUCUGCUGCUUAUCUUGUUACUCUCUGCUUCUCAUCUUGUUGAUCUUGGCUGAGCUUGGAGCUGCAGCUUUUAUAUUCUUCGACAACAGCUGGAGAGAUCAAAUUCCUUCUGACAAGACUGGAAACUUCGACACCAUCUAUCAUUUCCUGAGAGAAAACUGGAAUAUUGUCAGAUGGGUUGCUCUAGGAGCCGUUGUUUUCGAGGCUUUGCUUUUCUUGCUCGCCCUUAUGGUCAGGGCAGCUAACACACCAGAUGAGUAUGACAGUGAUGAUGAGUUUAUUGCUCCUCCUAGGCAAAUCAGGCAGCCAUUCAUCAACCGCCAACCCGCCCCUGUUACGGGUGUCCCUGUUGCUCCUACUUUGGACCAACGCCCGAGCCGCAGUGACCCUUGGAGCGCACGUAUGAGGGAGAAGUAUGGGCUAGACACAUCUGAGUUCACAUACAAUCCCUCAGAGUCACACCGGUUCCAGCAAAUGCCGACGCAACCAAAUGAAGAAAAGGGACGAUGCACCAUCAUGUGAGUCCCAUGUUAUAACGGUCUCAAAUCAAAAGUUCAGUCAAUUCUCUUUUCUUGUUAUCUUUUCUGCGUGUGUGUGUGUGUGUAACAAUCAAGAGUGUGAGUGAUAUUAUUAGAGGUAUGCUUCUAUGGAAACUCUUUUUGUUGCGUCUGUGUAGUCUUUUUUGUAAGUACUUUACCAUCAUGAAUAUUCAUCUUGGUUGUCUGAUUUGGUCCUCUCAUUUUUAUUAUAGAUAAAAUUCAUCUGCUUUA